AUGCAGUCGUACGCGGUGCAGUACCUAAUAAAUUUUAUCCUUGCUCACUUCUGCUUCAGAAAUCUACAGAUCCUUUUGAAAUUCUCUCCGAUAUGCGAAUGUCUUGUGCAUUUCUUUCCAAUAGACAAAUCUAUCAAGCUUCACUUCCCUUACGAGGGCGUCUUUUCGAUGGAGAUCUGGGAUUCCUCUCACUCACCUUUCUUGUUCAAUCACUCUCUUUUUUCUUUACUUCCCUUUUCCUCUUUGUCUUCUUCCCUUCUCAUUUUCUUUAUUCCUCACUUUUCUUCUUUCACUUCCUCCUUUUCUUUCACUUUUCAUUUUAUUAUUGUCUCCUAUGACUUCUUUCUUUCUUUCUUUUUUUCUUUGAUAUCUCCUUCCUGGUUCUUCUCCCUCACCCUUCUUCUUCAAUCACUUUCUUUUGACUUUUCUUUUCCUCUGUCUCUUUAUCUAUUAUUCCCGCCUUGCUUUCUUUCCCCAUCUCUAUUCAUUCUUUUUCUCUUACUCCAUCUUUUUCUACUGCCAAUCUAUUACUAUUUCUUCCUUUCUUUUCUUUUCUUUUCUUUUCUUUCUUUUGUACCGUAUUCCCAAUUUUCUUUUCCUCUUUUCCUGCUUUUCCUUAUUCUUUUCCUUUUCUAUCCUCUUUUUUCUUCUUAUUUUUCUUUUCCUCUUUUCCUUCCUUAA